CCCUUAUUGUGUGCCAGGCACUGUGCUGAGCAACUUGUGUGCCUCUCAGUCACUCCCACAACGACCCGAUAAGGUUGAAUUGACCAAAGCAAUGGUUAUGGAGAAGCCUAGUCCCCUGCUGGUCGGGCGGGAAUUCGUGAGACAGUAUUACACGCUGCUGAACCAGGCCCCAGACAUGCUACACAGGUUUUAUGGAAAGAACUCUUCUUAUGUUCAUGGGGGAUUGGAUUCAAAUGGAAAGCCAGCAGAUGCAGUCUAUGGACAGAAAGAAAUCCAUAGGAAAGUGAUGUCACAAAACUUCACCAACUGCCACACUAAGAUCCGCCAUGUUGAUGCUCAUGCCACUCUGAAUGAUGGUGUGGUGGUCCAGGUGAUGGGCUUGCUCUCUAACAACAACCAGUCUCUGAGGAGGUUCAUGCAGACCUUCGUCCUGGCUCCUGAGGGUUCUGUUGCAAAUAAGUUCUAUGUUCACAACGAUAUUUUCAGAUACCAAGAUGAGGUCUUUGGUGGCUUUGUCACUGAGCCUCAGGAGGAAUCUGAGGAAGAAGUAGAGGAACCUGAAGAAAGACAGCAGACACCUGAGGUGGUACCUGACGAUUCUGGAACUUUUUAUGAUCAGGCUGUCAGCAAUGACUUGGAAGAACAUCUGGAGGAGCCUGUUGCUGAACCAGAGCCUGAUCCGGAACCGGAACCGGAGCAAGAACCUGUAUCUGAAAUCCAGGAGGAAAAGUCUGAGCCAGUAUUGGAAGAAGCUGCUCCUGAGGAUGCUCAGAAGAGCUCUUCUCCAGCACCCACCGACAUAGCGCAGACCGUGCAGGAAGACUUGAGGACAUUUUCCUGGGCGUCUGUGACCAGUAAGAACCUUCCACCCAGUGGAGCUGUUCCAGUUACUGGGAUACCACCUCAUGUUGUUAAAGUACCAGCUUCACAGCCUCGCCCGGAGUCUAAGCCUGAAUCUCAGAUUCCACCACAGAGGCCUCAGAGGGAUCAAAGAGUGCGAGAACAACGAAUAAAUAUUCCUCCUCAGAGGGGGCCUAGACCAAUUCGUGAAGCUGGUGAGCAAGGCGAUGUUGAACCCCGAAGAAUUGUGAGACACCCCGACAGUCACCAACUUUUCAUUGGCAAUCUACCUCACGAGGUGGACAAAUCAGAGCUUAAAGAUUUUUUUCAAAAAUAUGGGAAUGUGGUUGAACUGCGCAUUAACAGCGGUGGGAAAUUACCCAAUUUUGGUUUUGUUGUGUUUGAUGAUUCUGAGCCUGUUCAGAAGGUCCUUAGCAACAGGCCCAUCAUGUUCAGAGGUGAAGUCCGGCUUAACGUGGAAGAGAAGAAGACCCGAGCUGCGCGGGAAGGGGACCGGCGAGAGAGCCGCCUGCGGGGACCCGGCGGCCCUCGAGGUGGGCUGGGCGGAGGCAUGAGAGGCCCUCCCCGAGGAGGCAUGGUGCAGAAACCGGGAUUUGGAGUGGGAAGGGGGAUUGCUCCACGACAGUGAAUUGCUCUCCACUGAUCUCCACGCAGCAGUACAAAGCCACUCUGCUCCUGCAGAAUGGUGAAUUCUUCAACCACCCCUUGGUCUUUUAUAAACUGCUUAAGUUUGUGUAAUUUUACUUUUUGUGUUAAUGGUGUGUGUUCUCCCUCCCUCCCUUCCCUCUCCCCACAUUUUAGUCCUUCACUUCCAAUUUUGUGGAAUGGUAUUUUAGGAAAAAAUGGAUUUUUAAAGAAGAAAAAAAAAAAAGACUGAACUUCCUUGCUUUACUUUGCAUAUACAGACUGGAUUUUUUUUUUUUUUUAACAGCCAUUUCCCCAAAGGAAUGUGUCUUGCUUAUUACUGACAUUUGGUAUGUUCAUUCAUUGGAAUAUUUCUUACUUGUUUUAUAUGUGUUUCAAAGCCUUUGAGAAAUACAGGAUUUGAUAAACAUUUUGAAGGCAGGAAAAACCCAAAUUGUUUCUUCUUUGAGAGUCAUGACUAUGUUCUGGUGUGGAGAAACUGCCACUGGAAAAAUUGAAAAUUUGAUUUUCACUGGUAUGGUUAAAAACUGAUAAUAAAAGGUGUUGUUAGAGUUUUUUUCUUUUGAUAUGUGAUCACAAAAUGAUUCUAAAACUGUUUUUACUAUUGAAAUUUAAAUUGUGAGAUUAGGUCUUAAAUGUCUAGAAUGCAACUGAUACACUUCUCCUGAAUUGUUAGUUUUUUUUAAAGUUUUUUUUUUUGUGUUUAAUUUGUAUUUGUACAAAAAACAAACACACAAAAAAACCACCCCCCGCCCCAAUCCCGAUAACAAAAAACCAGAGCAAAACUGUUGUGCCUUCUAUUUAUCUUUGAUUCCAGCCUUGGCAAUUGUUUAUCGACAAAUAAUAAUAAUAAAAAAAAGUCUAGAUUUGUUUUUUCAGGUUCAGAGUAUGUUGGGAAUCAUAGACCCCCUCUUUCACCUUGUAUGUCUUCUGUUCAUUUGUUAUGCCUUAUUCUGAAAUUGAGUCUCAAACUGGAAUCCCUUUGAGGACAGAUGAUUCUAUAGAGGUCCUUUGACCUAAAGAGUUCAGCGUUUGUACUGAGUUUUAUUUCGGUAUCUGUUCAGAAUCCUAAUCAUAGCCCAUGAGAAGGAAUGUGAUUUUAAUAUUGGACUGUGCUGAUGUGCUUGCGUGUCUGCUAGUUUCCCCCUCCCCUUUAAAUCAUAGCCAUAUAGUAAAUUUUCUGUUUUGUUAUGGUUCUCUUUUAUUGAUGGGCAUGCAGUGGGUGUUUCUUGGAAAUGGCCGAUUUUUAUUAAAAUAUUUCUGGAAGAAAAUUUAAUCUGGCAAUAUAAACUAAGACUCGUUUUACAUAAUAUGUUGUUUGUUGAGUGCUGUGUGUGAAGUGGGUGAAGGUUUUGUUUACACAUUUGUGAAGCAAGCCUUUGUGUGAUAACUUGUCAUUACUAAUUGAAGGGUAACGAGGUUGUCAAAUUGAACUUAUUUAUUUUUUUCUUAACAGUGUUCAUCUUUUGGACUGUUGUUUAAGGAUAGUAUAUGAGUAGGAACAGGAAUGUUUUGUUUGUUUUGCUGUUACUGGGAAACGAGGUUUGCUGACGGGUGUAGUCUUAAACUAAAAUGAAGUUUGAUGUUAUCACUUGGUCCUCAGUACCUCAAAUAUUUUAAAAUUGGCAAUAUCUCCUUCACAUAAAGAAACUUACAUAACAGUCAUGUGGCUGUUUUGGGGGUGAGUUUAAAUAAUUACUUGGUAACCACUUCAUUUGGCCCAGGCCAGUGAUAAUUAGAAGAAAUUCAGCUUGUACUUCUGUAGCUUAUAUUAAGCUGGCGAUGGAAAGAAAAAAACAGCCUGAGUUAUUUUUCCAGUAGCUGUGAGGUCAUAAAUUAUGGAUAACCUAGAAAUCAUUUUUCACAAAUGAAUACUAAACCAUUCAUUUCAAAAUAGGAGUUUUUCUUACUCAGAGGUUUAAGGGCAUUCACUGAUACAGUGAUACCCAACUUGGGGCAGUGAUUCUAUCCGGGAGGACACUUGGAAAUGUGUGAGAUCCAGAGGAGACACUGUCUGGUAUUUAGUGGGUGGGUCCAACAAUGCCAAAUGUUUUGUAGAAAUGUAUCAACUGCCCUGAGAACAGGAAUAGUCCCUGCUUUUAUAAGGCGUGGUGGGCAGAAUAGUGUUAGAGCAACUGGAGUUGAAGACUCAUUCCUUUGAAAUGAAGCCUCAGAUAAAGACAAUAAAUGAUUAGCAAAUAGAAAUCUUGUUCAGGAAUUACAGCAACAUCUGCAGGUAAUCUCAUUUUCCUUCAUUUGUACCAAUUGUGUGGUUUUAAAAAAGUGUUGGAGAGGUAGUAGCAAUACACUAGAUGCUGCUUGUAACUUGCUGCAGGAAAAAUGACUGCAUAAUUUCAGAAAACAAAAGUUUGCUUCAGUAAUUUCAGGUCAUUGGAAUUGGGAUGAUUGUGGAGUUGUGAAUAGCAUCGGACUUCCUAAUUAGGAUUUAGCAUCAUGGUUAACACUAGCAGUGAUCCCAAUAUCAUUGUUUACAUUACUGCUGAUGGAAUAAACAUGAUACCAUAUAGAUAUAUUGACACAGGUAAAAAGUGAAAAUAAAGUAGGUUAGGGCAAGAUUUUUCUAUAGACAGCAUCAGUUUAUCACAUUCAACCUUUUCAGGUUUUAAAAUACAAUUUUUUAUCUGUGGGAAUGACCCAGUCUACAGUUUUUUCCUGUAGCUUAGCACCUUUCGCCCGUUUAUUUACCUAGUAUCGCACUAGGUAAGAUUAGUUUGGUUCGAUGGGCCUUAGUCCUUUAAGGCCUGUUAAAAUAAACAGACAUUGGGACUUAGAAAAACACUUUUGUUUGCUUUUAUGGUGAGGUUGGGCUUUACUGUGUGUUCCUAUGCUCUCAACUUUUUGAGCUAUUGCUGGGGAGCAGUGAAAUGGAUAACCCAAAAGUAAUUGUUUGGCUUUGAAUGAGUAGGGUACUGCCACAGCAUUAGUUGAAUUGCACUUUAGUUUUAGGUCAGAAAACUAAUUAUUUUUACAAUGACUGUGGGUUAGGUGCUAUUUUCCCCAAAUAGAUAAAGAAGAUAAUGACAUCAGAGCAGUUACAUGACUAGGCCUCCAAGCCAUCCAUGGAGCAAAGAAAGAGCAGAUUGGCCUCCAAAACUGAUGCUUUUUCUCUAGACCCAAAAUGCCUACUUAUUUACACUUGAAUGACAUAUUAAGAUAAUAGGACAUGACUACAGUAUAGAGGCCACAGUCUGUCUACAAAACAUUGAUAACGAGGUUAACAUUUCUGGUCCCCAUUUCCUUUAGGGCAAACAAGAUAAGUAAACAUUGACUUUAUAGGGCUUCUUUUGAUGUGCAGACUAGAUGGUAACACAAUAAUAAUAACUUGUUCCUAGGUUAUUUUGUUAUCUGGUUUGAUAAUACAUUUAGUACAGUCUUGAAAUUUGGAUGUGGAUGAUAACUAUUUUUAUUAUAGCAUAAUCCAGGUGAGUUUAUAUAGCAGUUGUGUUUUUUGCUUAUAACUGCCAUCCUCUGAUACUUCAUCCCUUUAUUUGGAAAACCCUUGUAGAGUUUUAUGAUUUAGUGGACAACAUGGCACUUUAUAGACAGCAAUUUGUUGGAAUCUAUGUGAAAAUAAUUUUUCUAUGAGGUUUAAAUUUGUAGACCCUUGUUUAUGCUGAGUGGACUAUUUUGUAUAAAUGAUUGCAUCUGUCAAACCUACUGAUAAAAGAUAUCUUUUAUAUUGAAGUUUUAUUUUUGUGCUACUUAAAAGAAUCUGCAGGAACUGGAUACAAAUAACCUUUUUGUUCAGCAAUUUUGAACCUUAUAAAAGAAACGACUUCAACAUUUAUUUGAAUAUGGGGUUCUAGCUAUCUGCCACCCAUACCAAAAAUGGACAGUGGACAAUAAAGGUAGUCUUCCACAAAUGUUUUAGAAACCUUAAAGAAUGUGUUAGAAACUUAGCAGCGUCUUGUGUGGGGUGAGGUUGUAGGUUAAAGUUGUUGAUCAAGUCAUGGCCAUGUGGCACUAGAUAAUUAAAGACAGUGAUGCUUUGUGAUUUGUAUUUGUAUACUGUGAUAUUGAGGUUCUGGGGACCAUAGGUAGGCUUGUGAACUCUUAGAAGAUGAUAGUAAAGGGGAAAUGGUGGCACAUGUAGAUAAAAUUUUUAUUUACAUUCUUUUUAGUGAAUAUGUAUCCAGCUCAGGAUAAUGCUGAAGUUAGACCGCUUUGCUCAUGCUUUGAUGAAACAGUCUCAUCGUGCCUUGAAUGAGUACAGUUGAUUAGACGGGGCCUAGAACCAUCAGCUUUAGUUUUGAUUUAUGCUAAUGUAAGGCUUAGAAUCAAGGUUGUUCACUUUUUGAUUAUAUCACUUGUUCUGAAAACUUUGGACAGCCUCUCAUCCUCCAAUUUCUAUUUGAACCUGGUCAUUUUUUUCGUUCCCUGUGCGAAGAAAACAGCGUUGGCGAUCAGUUCCACUGUUGCUCCCAUAAACCACGUGACCUGGCCAACUACAGAAAUUCCUACGUGUUUAGUACUUAGACAUGUGGCCAGUGUCACAGGUUCCUAAGGGACCUGUGUCUGUCCAAUGUGUUUUAGUUUCUUUAAAAAGCAAAUUAAGGAAUGUUUACCAAAAAUUUCCUGUUGAAUUAUUUUAACAAGUAGUUUGCAUAAACCCACGUAUGGGAAGUUUGCCUAUACUUUUGGUAGUAAUUACAGAGACGAUUAUGUCAUUUAAUCUGGAUAUAAACAGUUUUAACUAUUGCUAUAUAAUUAGCCAUUUUAGUUACUCAUAUACUUUCCCCAAGCUUUGAUGUUACCUGUUUGACUUUGGAUUCAGUUUAAAUUCUUCUAUAUUUUUGUGAAGAGUGUGUAUAUACACUGAUUUGGCCCUUUUAAAUGAAGACAUUAUACCGAGAAGCUGGCAUAAGGAAGUAGGGAGGACUUCCUUCCUUUAGAUUCAGUGCACACUUAAGUAGAUUAUGUAGAACACAUCAUGUUAAAAAUAAAUUCAUAUAGGUAGAUGUUAGAUUUUGAAGAAGAGUGGGGUCGAGGUGGAACUUAGCUGAUGGUGUAGGAAUCAUUUGUGAUUUAUAUGGAAAAAAAUCAUACUUUUAAGUGAGAAAUAGAAUUUUUCCUUAAAAACUUGUCCCCAUUCUGAUUAUUACUGCAAAAGACCAGGAGGGGCUGCUAGAAUUCUUUGAAUCAUAGAAAGUUAGGGCUAGAAAGGACUAAAGUGAUUUAUACAGCCCUUUCAUUUUUCAAAAGAUAGAUAGCUCAGAGAAUUACUAGUACAGAGUCCCAUAUUGGCGUGUAGAAGUAACACGGAGUGCCUUCAGGGAUCACCGUCUGCCCUAGGUUCACCGGAGGAAGCCAGAGCUGAUGAAGGUCAGGAUGUGGGGAGAGAAGGGAAGGAGCCGCAUUUUAUAUGCUUUCCAAGUUGCUUCUGUAGCUCGUGUUCACACCCAGGUUUCUCUGUUUUCUUAGAACUGUCUGCAUGCCCACUUCUACCAGGGCCUGUUGUCUAAGGAUGUUCACUUGUGCUCCCCUCAGGGAUGGGUUUACUACUAGCUGUCAGAAAGCUAUUGGGUAUCCUAAUGUGUUAAUAGCUGAAACUCAGCUGUAAUCUUCUAAAUCCGUCAGCAUUUUGCAUUCUGUACAUUGUGGUGCUUUUUCCACCUUGUAUUGUUAUAACUGUAAGCUCCUAAGGGGCAGCAAUUUGGUCUUAGGCACGUACCCUGUUCAGUACAUGGUGGUGCCAUGUAUGUACCAGGGUCCGAAUCUUCCUUUCCAGUGAUUCUCCCAUCCGUAGGGAAGUGGUGCUGCAGCCAUGCUGCACUACUUCCGGUUCCUCUAAUAAGCCAGGCAUUGCCGACUCCGUGGCUUCAAGUGCCUUCCCUCUUCCCUGAAGAUAGACUUGCACCUGCACCCUCCCCACCCCCACCCUAAUCCCUUGCCAUCGAAGUCAUUUUUUGGAAGACCCAGUUCGAGAGCUAAUUUUUUUUUUCCAUAGGAGAGAAGAUUUGCAACAGGAAUGUGAAACCCCCUUUUGGGGAUUGAUCUGGCCAGAAUUUGAAGUGAGGAACAAACUCAUUCUCAUCUUCCCUUCCGCAUUGUCCUUUCUGUUUUGAGAUUCUGUCCCAACCUUCAUUUUUUAUAAAAAUGUUCCUAGAGCACUUUAUUCCUUUCUCCUAGCUCAUAACUUACCCCUUCAACCUAGAAUUAGAAUGACCUGUAUCUGUUUUACUACCUUAUUAGACCAUAAGCUCCUAGAGGACAAGGAUUUGGGGGAUAAGCCCUGUACUUCACCAGAAGGUACAGUAACUUACAUGAAAGUCCUUAAAUGAUGACUCAUUGAGUUGAGCAAAUUAAUGUAUUUGCUUUCAUGUUCACAAGGGAGGCAUACAUAGAGAUAGGACUUAAUUGAAGUAAGUUUUAGGCACUGGGACAUUUCAUAGUGGAGGGGAUUGCUGGGAAAUUAGAGGAGUGAGCAGAGGAGGGGGGAAGUCACUAGUCCUUUUGAGAUACUUCCAUCCUUGGUCUGAGUAAUUAGUCAUUUCUUUCUGGCUGUGCCCAGUAUAUCCCAGGCACUUUGUUUCUACGCAGUUGAGUUUUAUGUGCCAAUUUUCAUUUCUUUUCACAGACUUACUCCAUUGUUCUCUCAGUUCACCUCAUCACCCAUGCUCCAUCCAAGUCUUAAGUUUUCUGCUCCCCUUUUUCUUAUUCCCCACAUCCAUUCUCCAGCUAAGUCCUGUCAGUUCUACCUCAACAGUCUUUUCAUAUCUCUUCUCACCUAGAUUACUUCAACUUCAGUGGCCUCUCAGUUUCCUUCACCUCUUCUUGCCUCAGCCUACAUUAUACCCAAUAUUAGAUUCAUCCUAUGAAACAUAGCUCUGACUAUGUAUCACAUGUGUGUGUUCUAUCUCCCCUACUAGACUGUAAGCCCCUUAUGGGCAGGACCUGUGUCUGAGUCAUCUUUGUAUCUCCCGUAGCGCACAUAUCAAUAAAUAUUUCUUGAAUGAAUGA